AUGGCAAAUAAAAAUGUAUUAUCAGAGAUGGAUGAUUUGAUGGCAGAGUUAGGAUUAGUAGAGACUACAGCAACACCAACAUCAGAUCAAAUCAAACAACCACAACAAGAAACAGCACCAACAUAUCUUACAUAUAAAGAUCCAAAUGUAUCAACAGGACCUGGAGGAGAUUUUAGAAAUUUAAAUGACAAUAAUGGUGGUAUAUCACGUGGACCAGGAUUAAUGAGUACAGGACCAGGAUUAGUCAGUACAGGACCAGGAUUAAUGAGUACAGGACCAGGUUUAAUGAGUAAAGGACCUGGUUUACCAAAUAAUAGUAUCAAUAAUAAUAUAAGUAAUAAUAAUGGUGGUGGUAUUAGCUCAGGACCAGGAUUAUCAUUUGGAGUAUCAUCAGGUGUAUCAUCAGGUGUAUCAUCAGGUGUAUCAUCAGGUGUAUCAUCAGGUGUAACAUUAGUAGCACAAAAUCAUUUAGCACGUCAACCUUCACCACCAUUAAAUUCACAACAACAGCAACAGCAACAACUACCAACAUAUUUGGAUGGAGUUGGUACAUUACAACCAAUUUCAUUAGCAGCAACAACACCAGAUGGACGUGUAGUUAAAGCUAAUGGACCAAUUUGCGGAGCAUGUGGAGAUAUGAUUAUUGGAGUUUGUACAAAUGCAUUGGGACGUUCAUAUCAUCCAGAGCAUUUUGUAUGUACCUAUUGUAAAUUACCAUUCUCAGGAUCAUUCAUUGAACAUGAAGAAAAGUUAUAUUGUGAGAAUGAUUAUUUGGAAUUAUUUAGUCCACGUUGUUUCGCAUGUAUUAAACCAAUUGAAGACACAUGUAUCAAUGCAUUGGGUAAUCGUUAUCAUCCAGAGUGUUUCUCAUGUUCAGGUUGUGGUGACAAGUUACGUGGUAAACCAUACAAAGAGGAGGAUGGAGAAGUUUAUUGUAACACAUGUAAGAUUGCAAGACAAAAACGUUUAGCAGCAAAAUCUGAAAUUUGUUCAAAAUGUAAACUUCCAAUCACUGGUGAAUACAUUAUUCUUCAAGGUCAACCAGUUCAUUCGGAGCAUUAUCGUUGUGAAGAGUGUGGUUGUGAAUUCAAUGUGGGUAAAACUUGUCAUGAAUAUGAGGGUCGUCUCUAUUGUUAUGAAGAUUAUCAAAAACAAAUUCUCAAUAUAUGUGGUGCUUGUUCAAAACCAAUCGUUGGUCGUUCAAUCACUGCUUUGGGUAAAGUUUGGCAUCCAGAACAUUUCACUUGUACCACUUGUCAAGUACCAUUCGCUGGAAGUGCUUUUCGUGAACAUGCUGGUAAACCCUAUUGUGAAUCACAUUAUCAUCAAUUCUUUGGUCGUCAAUGUUUCAAAUGUUCAAAACCUGUGGUUGACACUGGUGUUGAAGUAUUUGGUAAAAUCUAUCAUCGUGAACAUUUCACUUGUACAGGUUGUGAAUGUGUUUUAGGUAAAGAAAUUAUGGAAUGGGAUGGUAAACCACUUUGUUUCAAAUGUUUUGAUGCACUUCCAAAAGAAGUUAGAAAAAGAAUUAAAGAAAAGAAAGCUGGUGAUAAAAAAGCUGAAGCUUAUCGUGAAAAAUUAGCUAAAAAAGAAGCAAAAGAAUUAAAAAAAGAAAGAGAAAGAGCUGCAAAAGAAAAAGAAAAAGAAUCAAAAGCUAAAUAA